UUACUUAAAAAUAUAGCUAUUUUUGGCUAUUUUCUUGCUGUUUUGCUAAAACUUCCGAUCAAAAGAUGGCAACACUGUUCAGCACACUUUCUUUUCGAUUUUUGUUUCCGGCUGAGCGGCAAAAUGGUUCAACGCUUGACAUUGCGGCGACGUCUGUCCUACAACACCCGCUCCAAUAAGAGGCGCAUUGUUCGCACUCCUGGUGGGCGCCUGGUGUACCAGUACGUUAAGAAGAACAAGACCGUUCCGCGUUGCGGACAGUGCAAGGAAAAGCUUAAGGGCAUCACUCCUUCCCGUCCCAGCGAGCGUCCCCGUCUCUCCAAGCGCCACAAGACCGUGAGCCGCACUUACGGAGGUGUCCUGUGCCACGGAUGCCUGCGCGAGCGUAUCGUUCGUGCUUUCCUCCUCGAGGAGCAGAAGAUUGUCAAGGCCCUGAAGACCCAGCGUGAGACCGUGGUUAAGCCAGUCAAGAAGGUGGAGAAGAAGCCCGUGAAGGCUGCUACCAAGAAGCCUGCUGGCAAGGCCGCUGGUAAACCAGGUGCCAAGGCUGCCGGAAAGAAGCCCGCCCCUAAGGGAGCCCUCAAGACCAAGAAGUGAGAUGAAACAUCUACGUGACCCACCAAGCUACAGGGCAUAGCUACGUUUUGAAAUAAACUAAAAACUAGACAAGCGAAACUAAA